CCGUCCCUUUGUCUCCUGCCUAGGACUAAGCACUCUAGCUAGGGACCUUGGCGGGGUUCGCACUGUAGGCGUAAGCGGCCCAAGGCUGGACAUAAAGACGUCUCUCCAACCCUCCAACAUAUCAUCCUCCAUCUCACCGGCCGGAAAGCUCAUGGGAUAUUGUCCAAUAAUGCGUGCGGCGAUGAGCAUCAUGUCAUUCAUUGUUAAGGCUUGUGGUAGACCACUCAGAGGGCCAAUCCCAAAUGGACCGAUUACGCACCAGUUCAGGCUGGGUAGUCAAUGUUCGGGAAUGAAUUUGUCCGGCUCUGCAAACCGUUCCUCCCGCCGGGAAAUGCAAAACCGAGAAGCCACCACGGUGGUAUCUGGAGGGAUGAAGGAAGAGGUGUUUCGAUUCCCCCAAGUCGCUAGAGAAGGAUAGAGG